GAUGACGAAUGGUGGUGAUCCAUACCACACUGCUCGUCCUCCCAAGUCCUGUGACGAGAGAUUCUCAUCUUGAGCAUGCGAGGCGAGGCUCUCGUCAUGCGCAUGUGAGGAGCGACUCUCAUCGUGGCAGUUAGUCUAGCGCCCCGUACAGUAUCUGCCGCGUUGCAAGAUCCAAGCUCUGCCUCUCGCGCGAAGCUGUGGCCCGCCACCCUGGGGUUGGACGUGCGAGAAGACGUUGCGUGCGACAGGCAAGUAUCGCAGCGAGUGGAUCUCGACCAGAGCUGCUGCGCCGCGGCAACAGCCUAAACCGCUUCUGAGGGUCCCCUCCCCACGCCUCGCCGCUCCCCGCCUCGCCGCCCCACGCGGCGCCGGUUCCGCCAGCCAUGGCUCCGCAUAAUUUGCGUGAUCCCUCAAACCCGGCACCUGAUGACAUGUCAAACUGCCCACCUGUGCCUGAUGACGUGGCAAGUCGCCCUCGUGUGCUGGUCCUGGGCUCUCCCUCUGUCGGCAAAACCACCCUCGCACACCGCCUUACAGCCGCACACCCCCAUGCAUACAGCAGCAGCAGCAGCAGUAGCACCACAGCAGGCGAAUGCUUCAGCUGGUCCAUCGACACCAAGUACUACACUGCCCCUGUGGCCGUGUGGACGGCGCGGCUGUCAACCAUGCUGCCGUGUGGCACUGCGCCCUGCUCGCACCUUGUUAAAGGCGCUGAGGCGCUGCUGCUUGUCUUCGACCUCUCCAAUCCCGCAUCAUUCACAGCAGUGCAGAAGUGGGCAGACCAGGCGGAGCUGUCUCGCUUUGAGAUCCGCCUGUGCGUGGGCAACAAGGCCGACAGGGUGGGGCAGAGCGAUAGAAGGGCGCAGCACCAGGCACAGCACUGUCCGCGCGAGGCAGCCCGGGUGGAGCCAACCGACUUUGAUGGCGCCAUGCUGCUGGGUGCAGGGGGGGAUGGGGGAGAGGGGGAUGGACGCGCGGGGAGGGCAGUGGGGGGAGAGGGGGAAAGGGAUUCUGGCACGGUGGGGGCUGGUGGGAGGGGUGGUGGGGAUGAGGGGGAGGUGGGGAGGGGCGAGUACCAGGCAUGGUGUGCGGACAACGGUAUAGAGUAUGUGGAGGCGUGUGCUGCAGACGAGACGAUUGAUGAAGCCAUGGGCAGGGAUGCGGAGGACAUGCAGGGGUUGGCUCGCAUCCGCACGGCCCUGGGAGCGCACAUGUGGCAGGGCCUCAGUCUGAAGCAGCAGGGGAGGCAGCGGCGAACGAAUGCUCACUUGCAGCUAUUGGGACUCGUGGGCAAGGAGGCAUUGUGCUCUCAUCAAGACGAGCCCACUUCACCGCACUCCUCGUCGGCAUCUGACGGCGGCACAGACAGCGACUCUGAUGUGGACGCUGCCUCGGGAGCGGACCCCUUUGACCCCGCGCACUUCCCCUACCACCGCUUGGAUGAGGCCCCUGACCCCGCCCUGCACCACACGCCUGACCCCGCCCUGCACCACACGCCUGACCCCGCCCUGCACCACACGCCUGACCCCGCCCUGCACCACACGCCUGACCCCGCCCUGCACCACACGCCUGACUCGCACCCCGCACUUGCAUCUGAUCCUGACACUUCCGCUGUCGGCGAUGGUUCUGUGUCUGCUGCUUGCGAGAGUGGCAGUGGUGCUGCUGCUUCUGCUGCCGCUGAUGCCGGUGGUAGUGCUUCUGCUGCCUGUGAUGGUGGUGCUGCUGCUGCUGCUGGUUGUGGGAACGAGGAGGGGGAUGAAGUCUUUGGGCCAUUUGUGCAUGGCUCGACUACUGCAACUGCUGCCACUGGCUCCACUGCUGCCCCUGCCCCUGCCACUGCCCUUGCCCCUGGCUCUGCCCCUGCCGACGCUGGUUCAGGCAAGAGAGUGAGUGAAAACAGCAGCUGCGCUCCCACGGCCCACUCGCGUGAUGAUGGCUCUGCGCCCGAUGCUGCUCAUGGUGAAAAGGCCACGAGCGGAGCUGAUUCUGCUGCGCACGGCCAAGGCGCCACUCGAGUUGACCAUGCUGAUGCCGAAGAAGGCAGGAGUGGAGGUAUUGACCAUGCUGAUGAUGAUGUACGCGGCAAUGCACCAGUCGGCCAUACUGAUGACGCGAGGGCGGAGCUGGGUGAGGGGCGGGCGGACAUGGACGAGAUGGAGCGGCUGUUCCUGGAGGUGGCGUCGGUGCGCAGCAGCCUGCAGCACGCCCCUGACACUGUCAGGAGGGAUACCGCUGCCCGGCUGGCCAUGCGCAUAGCAAGCAUGCUGGGGGAUGGUGAUGGCAGUGAUGGUGAUGAUGAUGCGGAUGAUGGGUGGGGAGGGAACACUGGUGCCUAAACUUGAGAUGCAUCGGUGUGCAGCAGCCUGCAGCACGCCCCCUGAUGAGAUACCACUGCCUGGCUGGCCAUGUGGAUCGCGAGCACGUUGGGGGAUGGGGAUGGCAGCAAUGGUGGAGGAGUUGGGAAGGGAUGAGGACUUGGGAAGGGAUGAGGACUUGGGAAGGGAUGAAGGUGCUGGAGAAGGGAUGAAGGUGCUGGAGACUGUACCAAGCACUACCCUGAUGCCCGGGUUGCCUGGUGGGUGCUGAAUGCCAUGUUGAGCACUGUCAGUCAGGUGUGGAGAUUGUACCAAACACUCACUAUGAUCUGAGUGGCUGAGAACCUGCCACCUGGAGUGGCACCUGAGGCGGGCAGUGAUUUGGGGGGUGCUUCUGACUUAUCCCGUUCGUGUCAUAUUGCAAGCAGCUCCACGAACCAUCUGAUAAAGCACAGCACCCCAGAAAACAGCUUAUACACCUAGCAUGCUGUAAUUUCACAACUAGUUAAUUGAGAAAGCUCGCUACUUGUAGUGCAAAUGGCAUCGUUCUCAUUCCACGG